GGGCUCUUUGGUUUCCAUGGCAUCCAGUCUUCAUUGACUCAUUGUAAUGAGUCCGCCCAAUUCCCUAGAACAUUGAUGAGGAAGAAAAGCUUCCAAUAGCGCUCUCCCUGGUGCUGAAAACAACCCGGAGCCCGCUGCUUUCAUAAGACGCUGUCUAUGGUGCUGAAUCUCUCCAGAAGGCGCGGGAGCGAAGGAAAGGUGGACAAGAGCUGCCAACUCGCGCAUCGUUUGACCUCCAAGUCUACUUGAGAUUACUCUUUCCAGCAGUGUAGCAAGUGACUGAUGUGUUGCACAAAAGUACUGAGAUCCUAGCGCUGUCCCUGUCCAGAGUUUGUAGCACAAUGAUCAGGGAUUCAUCCAAAGUGAUGUCAAUUGAGCACUGGGAACGUUUGGUAUGCAUCCUCUUUUGAAAUCUACUGUAUUCGACGACUCUCUACCUUUACGUAUUUCAAACGUAGGAAAAUAAUCAUCAUUAAACCAGGAUUUUGUUUACACGCUGGGCUUUCAAUUAAGGUGUUUCUCUUUUUCAAACGAUCCAUGGCUCCUCCUGCACCUUUUGCUAGUGGAUGCUGCACUUCCAAGAAGACCUUCUAGUUGAGUCCCACAACUUCUGCUCUGUUAAGAAAUCCGUGGGCUGCAGGUAGACACUCAGUCAUUUCCUCUUGCUGGCACUGGGACUGGCUCUUUCUUUCCUCUUCACUCACAGUCACACAUACACACGUACUCAGAAUUAGUCUUCGUCUCUCCCUCUCUCUUCUCUCCCUCUCACAUACUCUCGCACUGCACAAGCACACACACACACACACACACACCUCUGUAUCUGGAUGCACACCAAUAGCCAUUUUAUGGAGGAAAGUUAAACAUGGAACCAAUAUGAAUCAGCAUCACUGUUUGUAACAGUGCCCUAAUCAACCGAGUGGACGCCAGUUAAAACCUUUACAGGAAUGGAAUCCGUAAAGCAAAAGGUUUUGACUCCUGGCAAGGAGGGGCUGAAAAAUUUUGCUGGAAAAUCGCUUGGUCAACUCUACAGAGUCCUCGAGAGGAAACAGAAAACCGGCGACAACAUCGAAUUGACAGAGGAUGGGAAGCCCUUGGAGGUCUCCGAGAAGAAAGCGCCCUUGUGCGACUGCACCUGCUUUGGGCUACCCCGGAGAUACAUCAUUGCCAUCAUGAGUGGACUGGGCUUCUGCAUCUCUUUCGGGAUCCGCUGUAACCUGGGAGUAGCCAUCGUGGACAUGGUCAAUAAUAGCACGAUCCACCGAGGAGGGAAAGUCAUCAAAGAGAAAGCGAAGUUUAACUGGGACCCCGAAACAGUUGGAUUGAUCCACGGCUCUUUUUUCUGGGGGUAUAUAGUCACGCAGAUCCCCGGGGGAUAUAUUUCAUCCAGGCUGGCAGCGAACAGGGUAUUUGGUGCAGCUAUACUCUUGACGUCCACACUCAAUAUGCUAAUACCAUCUGCAGCUCGAGUGCAUUAUGGAUGUGUCAUCUUCGUUAGAAUCUUGCAAGGUCUUGUUGAGGGUGUAACCUAUCCAGCCUGCCAUGGAAUAUGGAGCAAAUGGGCACCUCCUUUAGAGAGAAGUAGACUAGCAACUACGUCUUUCUGUGGUUCCUAUGCAGGUGCAGUCAUUGCAAUGCCAUUGGCUGGGAUUUUAGUGCAAUAUACUGGAUGGUCAUCUGUGUUCUAUGUGUAUGGAAGUUUUGGCAUUUUCUGGUACAUGUUUUGGCUUUUGGUCUCCUAUGAGAGCCCUGCAACACAUCCCACCAUUACAGACGAAGAACGCAGAUACAUAGAAGAGAGCAUUGGAGAGAGUGCCAAUCUCUUAGGAGCAAUGGAAAAAUACAAGACUCCAUGGAGAAAGUUUUUUACUUCUAUGCCAGUCUAUGCAAUAAUAGUUGCAAACUUCUGUAGAAGUUGGACAUUUUACCUGCUGCUUAUUAGUCAGCCUGCUUACUUUGAAGAGGUGUUUGGAUUUGAAAUAAGCAAGGUGGGAAUGUUAUCCGCUGUGCCACAUUUAGUGAUGACUAUUAUUGUGCCUAUUGGGGGGCAAAUUGCAGACUUUCUAAGAAGCAGGCAAAUUCUUUCAACUACUACUGUCAGGAAAAUAAUGAACUGUGGAGGUUUUGGAAUGGAAGCAACUCUUCUCUUGGUGGUUGGAUAUUCUCAUAGUAGAGGUGUGGCCAUUUCCUUUUUAGUGCUUGCUGUGGGAUUCAGUGGAUUUGCUAUAUCUGGAUUCAAUGUUAACCACUUAGAUAUUGCCCCAAGGUAUGCCAGUAUCUUAAUGGGGAUUUCAAAUGGCGUUGGUACAUUGUCUGGAAUGGUGUGUCCUAUAAUAGUUGGAGCAAUGACAAAGAACAAGACACGCGAGGAGUGGCAGUAUGUCUUCCUUAUUGCGGCUUUGGUCCAUUAUGGGGGAGUCAUAUUCUACGGCAUAUUCGCUUCGGGGGAGAAACAACCAUGGGCAGACCCAGAACAGACGAGCGAAGAGAAAUGUGGCUUCAUUCAUGAAGAUGAACUCGAUGAAGAAACAGGAGACAUUACUCAGAAUUAUGUAAAUUAUGGUACCACUAAAUCAUACGGUGCUACAACCCAGGUCAAUGGUGGCUGGCCAAAUGGGUGGGAGAAGAAAGAAGAAUUUGUACAAGAAGAAGCACAAAACUCAUAUAGCUAUAAGGACGGAGAAGACUAUUCAUAACAGGCCUAUAUUGGAUAUAUUUUGUAGUGUUCGUGAUUUAUUCAUUGUGGCUGUUUGCACCCACACAAAAAUGUGAUAUAAACCAUGUAAACACAUAUCAGACAAAGAAGGUCUUCUUGUAAAAUGAAAAACAAAAAACAAAAAAAACCACAUUCAAGUGCAAUCUGUAUGAGUUUGUGACAUCUCAUCACUUCCAUUUGAAUGUUUCCAUUCUAUAGAGUUUUAAGGGUUAUCUGGUCAAAAUUACAAAGGAAACUAGGUACUUGCAGUAUAAAUGAGCAGAAUGCUCAUUACUAUGGAUUAAAGCACAACCAACCAAGUUGGACAUCAACUAUUUGUAGAAGCCAAAACUACUUGAUUGUUUAAAAAUGCACUUACAUAUUUGUUACACUGUAUUGAAAGAGAUCAUAAUAUUGAUUGUGUAGAGUUAUCCACCUGUUUACUUGGUACAAUGUAAGAAAUGUCCCUUUGGUUGAAGACAAGAAUUACUUAGAGAAUAAGGCUUCUGUUUUAGAUUACCCUAAAGCCCCAAUCCAGUUCCCUUUCCAGAGAGUUGAAUCAGGACUUUCUAGAAUAAUCUAAGAUACAAUGUACAUUUAUUAUGAUUAUAUGCUGCAGACUACUCUGUGAUAAAGGAAUUAAUUGGUUGUUUUCACUGAAUGUUUAGGCACAAAUAUUUUAUUUCUAUUAAUUGCAGAUACAUACAGUUACUGUAUGUGUUGCAUUUUGCCUUACAUGUACCAACCAGUAUAGAGUCACAUUUAAUCCGACAUUCCAUGCAGAAUGUUAAAGAAUUUAAGCAAGACAAAGGAGUAUUGGGCAUAUUCAUUGUCUGUAGUAAAUUACUGGCCACAAGUCUCAUUAGAAGGAAAGCAUCACCCAAACAAAUCCAAAGAAAAAUGUACCGCAGACAAGUAGCCCUAGAAGAAAAACGGAUGUAUUUCUUUUGAAGACUGUUUUGAAGUAAAUGCAAGAAAGGGGAAAGAAAUUAGCUAUUUGUUUAAUCCUGGAUAGUUUUUCAUAUUUUCAGAUGCUGUGCCACAAUUAUAUAAAUAAAGUCAUAGUUUAUUGAAGAUGCUGUAUAAUUAUAGAAAAUAGAACUAUUUUAAAGAUUUCUGAAUUUUAAAAAUAAUAAUGUAUUUGUCUUUCAAAUAGAAUUAUAAUGGACACUGAAUAUGAGCAACAAUCUUCAUGGUGAGCCCGAAGUGGCAUUUAACUGGGGUUGGGUUUAGGAAGAGUGUAUUUUACCAUGCUCAAGUGCAAUUCAGAUCCAUCGAGAUAAGGAAGGGUUGCCAUUGGCUCCAGUGGGCUGCAGGU